GAUUUCCUAGUGAUGGUAAGCUGUGUGUGAUCUAUGUUCUUGGAAAAUCUUUGACUAAUGUAUCUUAAUAAGAAAGUGAACUUUUUAAAAUCAGUUAAAUAAAGAUUUUCUAAAUUUCUUAUGUUACACAGCAAAGCUCUCCUCAGCCAUGGUAAUUAUGCUUUGAGAUGCUACUUCUGAUAAAUCAACUACACUUCCUUUUACGUAAUUGUGGUAAUCAUCUAUUUUAGAUUUUUUUCAACUUCCCUAUUUGGUGUAAAAUAUUUUCUCUUUCAUUAUUCGUUUGUGGCUUAAAACCACAUUGCUAAUACAAUCCAAAAUGUGAUCACCUUGGAAAAAUGUAACAGUAGAUGUAGAAUUUCCCCUUCUUCCCAUAACUUUAUUACAAAGAUAGCUGGCAUAAAUGCAGUAAAAUAUCAAGUUAAGUGUACAGAGAAUUUGAGGAAAUGUAACAAAAAAAGCAAAACAAACCCAGUAAUCACGUGGCUCUUGAUGACUCGGCCUAACUUUGUUCCUCUUUCCUGAAAACAAAGUGUUCAAGUAAAAUCUUCACCCAGAUAGUACCCCCUUUAUUUUUGGAAGGCUUGAAGAUAUGCAAGCAUGUUUCAGCUUGUUUUUUUCAUUCUGUUUACUUCUGGAUUCACUGAAUCACAAGGAAAAAAGGUGCUUUGCGGAUCCUCAGAUGUAGAAAUAUCAUAUUCCUUUUGUGAUUCUAUGGACCAUGUUUUCUUCCUUAGUAUAGUCCCUUGUUCCUUUAGUGAAAGUCGUUGGAAAGUUACUCUUUUAUGGAUUCCAAAGAGUGAUAUAAUCUUUUUGGAGGGCAGCAUGGAUUUAUGGUAUGAUGCUGCAAGUAUAUUACAAUGGACAGAAGUUAUUUGCCAUGGAUUUGAUGAUGACUAUUCAUUUUGUGGAACUCUGAAGGGAGAGACGGUCAAUACGACGUUUGAACUUAGCGGUUUAAAGAUGCCAUUGCCAAAGAAAUUGUUCAUUGUGGCCAUGGAAGACUAUCAACAACCACUCCACACUUACCUGGAGAGGUUGAUGUUGACCAGCCCAAAGCCCCGUCUUCUCACCAGCGCUGCAUGAACCAUCAUCAUAGCCCUUCUAGGAGCUCUAUUUUGUAUUGUGUGUCUAAACUUGCCAAAUGCAAGGUCACUGCAUUGCAUUCCAGGACAGGAUCUUAACAUCUCAUUGAAGGUGCAUCACGAAGAAGCCAGAACAGACCAAACUGGGGCUAUCCACGCUGAAUGACUGUCAAUUGCUGGUCCAGUGCCAAGAAACGUUGUUCACCCCCCUCUACAGCUGGAGCAAGCCUGCCUUGGGGCCGUGAGGUAGAAAGGCUGGAGCUCACCAGCUGAGAACAUGGCUAAAAGGAGACUGACUGUACUUAAGAAGAGGUGCUGCUCUGAAUGGAGGUGGGAAGAGCAAAUGUCACCAUGUGGAAACAGGAUGUGCAGAAGAAAAGAAUAUGAACAACUCUACCUGGCCUAAAAUGCAGACAAACACAGAAGGGGUGUUCAGAAGCUCAGAUUAAGGGAGGGUACACCUCAGGACUUUUCUUAUGUCUCAAAGAUUUGUAAUUUAUGAGUAAAGUGACUGUGCUUAAGAAA